UGCGGUCUAAUCUGCUUCCGGAGAGAGAGAGAGAGAGAGAGUCAUCGUUCUUUGGUCUUCCCUCCACUUUCUCUUUUUUUCCAUUUUAUUUAAAAAUAAAUAAAAUUUCAUCCAUGCGAGUUGCGAUCAGAAUCAUGGCUCAGAUUCCGAUACUGAAAUCUGGUGUCCUUCUCUCUUAUUUACUGUUCAUCUCUUCUCUUCUGGUUCACUGUUCUUCCUCCGAAGGGGAAGCUGGUUCCAAUACCUUUACGGUGUCAAGCUUCCGCUACUCAGAAAUCAAAAUCAAGCCCUCUGAAUGGCGUUACAUAAGAGUUGAUCUGCCGCCUUGGUUCUCUUCAAUGUCCAUCUCAUUAAAGACAGAUGUAGAUAUUGAUAGAGGGACUAUAAAAAGGCUGCCUAAGAAUACACUACCCUUAAUAUGUAUCCGAGACCGCAGUCUCCCUCUUCCAGAUAUUUCGGACUCUUCUUUGGAAGCUUUAGAUACUUUCUCCAAUAUAUCUAAAGGAGGCAUGCGAAUACAUACAAGUGAGGUGCAGUGCCACCUUUUGGAGAAAAAUAUAACAGUGACAUUGACAAAUGAGCAGAUAUCUCCAGGAGUCUGGUAUUUUGGCCUGUUCAAUGGCAAUGGACCUACUAGAACGCAAUCGAAAAUGAUUUCUCGUGGCUCAUCAUACUCCUACAGUGCCAACAUAAGUGUUGAAGGAUGCACAACCAUGACAAUGUUUGGCCCAUAUUGCAACCUGACAGUUGAUCCACUUUCUUGUGCAAGAUCUGAUGUCUAUGGGGGUCCAAAAAAUAUUUCAGUUUCUGAUGUGUACAACAAGACAGUAAAAGAAGUCAUUGAUUGCAGAAAUUCUUAUGAAGAUAAAUGCCACGGAAACGGUGAGCCAAAGAUAUACUCUUUGGAGUUACUAGGGACAGCAGUGCAGUUGACAAUUAUGGCUACAGGUGUCAAAUUCAAUCAAACAUCCUCCGCAAUUGGCACAGAGAAUUAUAGUGAUAUUAUUCUCAUGUGUUAUGCUCGGCAUGGUUCAAUUCCACUGACAACAUCACAUGAUUAUUCAAGUGAGAUAAGUAAAAAACCUUUGGUUAUUGAUUUACCAAAGGAAGGUCGCUGGUACUUUACUAUUCAACCCAUCAGUCAGUCAUCCGUGCAUGGGAGAAUGGUAGAACGGAAUAUCAGCAGUAAUGUUUGCUAUUCUAUGGAGUGGCAAACAAUUGAAUGUCCUGUGGGAAAGAGUGGACCAAACUGUACAUGGCAAAGCUAUAUGCUGCAGACGGUUCUUAGGAAAAAUCCAUCUGCUCUUUUUGAAUCUUAUUAUUUGCCAAUGGAUGAAAAGAUGUCCUUAGAGUCUGCUGAUUUUCCUCUGGAGCCCCUUUUAAGCAACAUCUCUGUUGGGAAAAAAUUAGAUUUUUCCUGGACUUAUUUUAUUCUUGACAUUCCCCGUGGUGCGGCUGGAGGAAAUAUACAUAUCCAACUAGAUUCAGAUGCAAAAAUGGACUACGAAAUAUAUGCCAGAUUUGGCGGAUUACCGUCACUUGAUAACUGGGAUUAUUACUAUUCAAACAAGACGAGCUAUAGCAAUGGAUCCAUGUUUUUCAAAUUGUACGAUUCAAGUGAUGUGGAGACCAAUUUUUAUAUCCUAUACGCUGGAGAAGGGACUUGGAGUUUUGGGUUAAAGCAUCGAGUUCAUAGAAGCAGUUAUUCUGAACAUCAAACGACUAUGUCUAUUUCUGUUGAGAGUUGCCCACAAGGAUGCUCUUCUCAGGGAAGGUGCCACUCUGAUGUUGAGGCCAGUGGAUUGACCUUCUACAGCUUCUGUUUAUGUGAUCGGAGACAUGGAGGCUUUGAUUGCGGUGUUGAAAUCGUUUCACAUAAAGGGCAUAUAUGGCAGUCCAUUGCUCUUAUUGCAUCAAAUGCAGCAGCCAUACUACCUGCAUUUUGGGCACUUCGUCAAAAGGCAUUUGCAGAGUGGGUUCUCUUCACUUCUAGUGGAAUUUCAAGUGGAUUAUAUCAUGCAUGUGAUGUCGGCACAUGGUGUAUUCUUUCCUUCCAUGUUCUACAGUUUAUGGACUUCUGGCUUUCUUUCAUGGCUGUUGUGAGCACUUUUGUGUACCUUGCUGAUAUUGAUGAAGUUUCCAAGAGGACAAUCCAUACAUGCGUGGCAAUUCUUACAGCUCUUAUGGCUGAAACUAGUGCAACCAGGUCUGCCAAUAUCAUUAUUGUCAUAUCUAUAGGAGCUCUAGGCCUUAUCACUGGAUGGCUGAUAGAAUUCUCUACUCAAUAUAGAUCAAUAUCUUGGUCACCAGAAUUCUGUGUAAAUAUUCCUGAAAGAUGGCGAGGAUGGCUGAGCCAUUUCUUUGGGACAUUGCGCAAACGUUUUCGCUGGCCUUUUAUUGUCAUGGGUUUUGUUGGACUUUCCAUGGCUGCAAUUAGCUGGAAUCUUGAAAAUAGUCAAAGUUACUGGAUUUGGCACAGUGUCUGGCACGUCAGCAUUUACACAUCUUCCUUCUUUUUCCUGUGCUCAAAAGUAACUACCAUAAAUGAUGAAAGCGAUGUGCCCGUGGACACAGAAUAUGAGUUAACUCGGCAGGAUUCAUUCCAAGGAAGAGAAUAACCAAGUGAUACGAUUCAGAUGUCCCUAGAGGGAUAACAAUUUUGGUUACUACAUAGUAGGAACAGUUCAGCUUCAGAACCCAGAAGUAGGCUUUGACCGCAUUCAACCUAAUUAUAUUAGUUAAUUAUUAAUAUAUAUAUAUAUAUAUAAUAUAUUGUACAGCUUAGUUCUUAUAUUGUACAGCUUAGUUCUUACUCCCUAAUGAACUGUUCAAGAUAUAGCUGUUGAUAAAGAUGACCAGUUCAUCUUCCUGUCCAUAAUUUAAUAUAUGGUAUCGGCGAUUAAUAUUAGGGGAAAGGAUUGGAUAAAUGUAAUGAAAAACAUGGCAAGGGAAAGGAUCUUUCAUUAAAGUAAAUGUCUCAGAGUAGUUUGGCAAGUUGUUCUGUUA